AUGUCCGAACCCUCCCCAGAACUCCCCUCCCGGGAAACACCCCAUAUCCGCCUCAACUCGGAGCAACACGACGUCCUCGCUGAUGAGGACGCCAGCUCCCUCCCUCCAGUUAUUUUAAGGCACGGCGUAAUCGGAGCCGGAGCCAAUGCACGCCCUCUAACACCACGAACGGACUCGCUCCACUCAACAGGCACGCUCCUAACAGUAUACUCAUCAUUCAAUCACCAAGGCUCAACAGAAUUCUUGAUACCGCCGCGGCCGCAGAUGCAGAGACAGCGAUCAGCUGGUGAAGAUGUGAGGUCGCCUCAUUUGUCUCUUCUCUCAUUGCGACGCGCAAGCUGGAGCUCGGUAGGCACCUUUUCUACAAAGGGGGGAAUCAACACCUCGCGCUCACGUUCACGUUCGCGUGCAGAGAGUGAGGGCGAUGAUCUAAAUACGCAAACAGUGACGGAGAAGUAUAAUGUCACGCCGACGGACGGGCUGCUGCUGUUUCCGGAGGAUGUGGAGAAGGAUGAUUACCUGCAUAAUCCUGAUCCGGGCGAUGGGGAGCGAGAGUGCGACAUCUGGAAUAAGCGGGGUAUGAUCAAUGUGGGAGGGUUGGUGCUGCUGACGAUUGGAUUCUUGGUGCUGUUUGUCGGGUAUCCUGUUGUUAUGGCGUUGAAAGGGUUUGAAAAGACGAAGUCGGGUUGCACUCCGGGAGACACAUUAUGUCUUGAUGUUGGGGAUCGGCCUCUACUGUCUAAUAUACGCAGGGGCUUGAUAGACCCUGAUACCCCGGAGUCGGCGCAUUCGAAAAUGUCGGCGGACGGGAAGGAAUGGAAGCUUGUGUUCUCGGACGAGUUCAACACUCCAGGACGUACAUUUUACGAUGGCGACGACCCCUACUACCAAGCCGUAGACAUCUGGUACGGCGUAACGGAAGAUUUGGAGGUUGGUCAAACGUGCACCCUACCGUCAGGCCCUAACAGAGUAAACCAGUGGUACGACCCCGACUCCGUAACAACCCGCGAUGGCGUCCUCGAAAUCCGCUUCGACGCCUUCCCCAACCACGAAAUGAAAUACCGCUCCGGCAUGGUCCAAAGCUGGAACAAGCUCUGCUUCUCCGGCGGUCGACUAGAAGCAAGUAUCUCGCUCCCCGGCGACGGCGAGACGUCUGGUUUCUGGCCGGGGUUCUGGGCAAUGGGGAACUUGGGACGACCGGGCUAUGCCGCAACCACGGAGGGCAUGUGGCCGUACAGCUAUUAUGAUGAGUGCGAUGCCGGGAUCACGCCGAACCAGAGUUCCCCGGAUGGGAUCAAUUGGCUUCCGGGCAUGCGGUUGCCGGCGUGUACUUGUCCUGACUCGGACCAUCCCAGCCCUGGACGGUCUCGCUCUGCGCCUGAAAUAGAUGUGAUCGAGGCUAGUGUUUCGCCAUUAAAUGGUGAUGGUGCCACGAUGGUUGGCUCCGUGUCUCAGAGUUUGCAGAUGGCUCCGUUUGAUAUCUGGUAUAUGCCUGAUUAUGACUACACCGCCGUCUACGACCAAAACGUAACCCAAAUAAACUCGUACCGCGGCGGCCCCUACCAACAAGCCAUGUCGGGCCUCACAAACCUCAACAACGACUGGUACAACGGCAAAGCAUACCAAACCUACGCCUUCGAAUACACUCCGGGCAUCCAAGGCAGUGUAACCUGGUUCGUCGGUCCCGAAAAAACAUGGACGCUUGACGGGCGCGCCAUUGGCCCCAACGGGAACGUGGGCCAGCGCGUUAUUCCGCUGGAGCCGCUGGCCGUCGUCAUGAAUCUGGGCAUGGCGUGGAACUUUGCGCCCAUCGAUGAUGAUAUCAAGAAGCAGAUUCCGGCGUAUAUGCGCUUUGAUUAUAUUCGCAUCUAUCAGGAUCCGGAUGAGGUUAGUGUUACUUGUGAUCCACCAGGUUGGGAGACGACGGGGUAUAUCGAGGAGCAUCCGAGAGCGUAUACGAAUUAUAAUAAGACGACAUGCUAA